CUUCACUCAAAGCUUUGCUGACAGCCAAGGAUGGCCAGCAAGGGGCCCUCGGCCUCUGCGUCCCCUGAGAACUCCAGUGCAGGGGGGCCCAGCGGGAGCAGCAAUGGCACUGGUGAGAGUGGAGGACAGGACAGCACCUUUGAGUGCAACAUAUGCCUGGAUACAGCCAAGGACGCCGUCAUCAGCCUGUGUGGCCACCUCUUCUGCUGGCCUCCGGUAAUGCAUUUUGCUCUCUGUUUGCAGUGGUUGGAGACACGACCUAAUAGACAGGUGUGUCCAGUUUGCAAAGCCGGCAUCAGUCGAGACAAGGUCAUCCCGCUCUAUGGCAGAGGCAGCACCGGGCAGCAGGACCCCAGAGAGAAGACCCCUCCUCGUCCCCAAGGUCAGAGGCCAGAGCCGGAGAACAGAGGGGGAUUUCAGGGAUUUGGAUUUGGAGAUGGUGGCUUCCAGAUGUCUUUUGGAAUUGGGGCAUUUCCCUUUGGGAUAUUUGCCACAGCAUUUAACAUAAAUGAUGGACGGCCUCCUCCAGCUGUCCCUGGGACGCCGCAAUACGUGGAUGAGCAGUUCCUGUCGCGCCUUUUCCUGUUUGUCGCCCUAGUGAUCAUGUUCUGGCUCCUGAUUGCCUAAUGCCUGGCUCCUGUCUGCACCCACGGCCGGGCCUCUGGAGGUGACCUGCCACCCCAACUCCUGGCUAAUCCUAACCCCUGGAGUCACUGGGGUCAGUAACACUCCCUGGAAUCUUGCUUUUCCAUCAGACCUAUGGAACUCAAGACCAGAUGGCAAGGACCCGACUGUUGUCACUACUCUAACACCCUUCUGUAACCUCAGGCCUUGGUGUUGAGUUCCCUCUCGUGUGUGGUACCAUGAAAUCCCAUUCCAGCCUACUCUGCAGGUCCUGACUCUGCACUGGGAAACGAUGGGAAGAAAGAAACUCACAGUUUCUUUCAUCCCAGUUUUACAUACAAAAACAAAGGGAUGAGCCAAAUGGUAUUUAUGGAAACAUUCUUUCAUCUCUUUAAAUACCCCUUUUUAAGUGGCCUCCAAAGCCAGCGGGGCUCCUCAUACAAAGACGUUCCUCUACCAGAUCUCAGUGCUGCCCUGUCCUCCUUCCUCUCCUCCCCUUCCUCAGCAGAGACAGAAGAAAUCGCUGUUCCAGGAGAUCACAGCUGCAGCAGCUGAAGCUGGGGUCGCUUCAUGAAUUUACCAGAGACUCGAAAGAUCUUUCAUGAGCUGUGGGCCUUGUAUCUUUGGUCCUCCUCUCACUUUGCUCGGAUUUCCAGUCAUCCUCCCCUCAAAACUGUGUGCACCUGUCCCUCUCUUCCAGAGGGCAAGCAACCAGACGCCACUGAAGCUGAGGCUCAAUGCUGUGUGUUAGGAAGGACUUGGAGUCAGGCCUUCGGUGGGCUCAAGCAAGCAGCCCUGCCCUGUAGCUUUCAGAAGCUCUGAGUGCGCCCUCUCAGAACUUUCCAGAAGAAAGGAGGCUUUGACAGGUCAGCCCAGCUGAUGUGGAAGACCAACCAUCUUCAGAAGCCAAGUUGUCCUUUAGGAAGAGACGGGGCAAGGAGACCCACCUGUGACCCUACUUUUGGUAGGGCUUGAUGGAGUCCCUGAAAACUCCUUAUAUGUAUGCUAGAACCAGGGAAGCCUGUGACUCCUAAGCAACUCCUGAUGUGUAAAGCCAGGUGGCAUGACCUGGGGACUCUCAGCAUGGUGACACAGUGGUCGUCCUUUGGAAUCUAGGAGAAUUUCUCUUCCCAAGCCCUGAUUUGUUUUGAAUUUCCUAUGCUUUUCCUCCAGGUCUGCUUGUGGGAGUGUGGUACCAGGUAGGUAGGACAGCCCGCCUAGUGGGACAAUUCUCGCUCUGCCUUCCAGGCUUCAUCCUAGAAAUUCUUCCUGAUGGUAAGGGGAGAAGGACUUCCACUGGGGCCUCUUGCUCACUUCUCCAGCCUACCUACAGCAAUAGCCCACACAUGGGAGAAAGCCUUACCUGGUGCUUUCUUUCCAGAUUUGGCUCUAUGUAAUUUAUGGAAAGCAAGACUUUGCAGAGAUGCAAGAAGCCCUCCUCUGUCCACACAGCCCCGCCCUUCUCUUUCUCCUGCCAAUGUCAGAGUUCAGUGUUCAAAUACAAAGUAUUGACUAGGUGGCUCACUUGCACAGUCCAUGUGAUAGGAAUAAGCCACCAGCAUUACAGUGUGAUUGCUGGAUUUUAAACACUCUUGGGCACCCCCUCAUUACCUGGAUGGAAGUCACCAAAGUUGCAGUGGCCCCAACUAAUAAGAGGAAAACCUUACCCAGGUGAGCCCAACAGAAUUGAGUUUCCAAAAGAUUGAAGACGACUUACAGGUAGGAGAACCAAUCAUUUGGACUCCAGUGAAGCAGAGUGAGCCCAGGAGAGCUCCAUCAGCAAAGGCAUCCCAGGAACAUGCUGUUAGCAAAGCUAGGUUGGCUGUGUACCCUUGAUUGUGUACAAACCCCACUCUCACCCUGUGCCAGGAGUCGGAGCCACCUGGGGAUCCUCUUUCCCUCCCCUCUAGACUCACCACUCACCCUCUGCCAAGGCAGCUUACCUUUCUUCUGUGUGUGUGUGGUCUGUGUUUUCAGUCCUCACCCUCCUGCCACCCUUGUGGACAACAACCAGUCCUGAGCACAGUCAGAAAAUGGCAAUACGUACAGCAGCACACCUUUACCAGGCACUAAUUUUCACUAUUGUGAAAGUGAUUUGACUUAGAUUAAACAAAUGGUUUUAUAUUGCUGUGAGUUUGGGCUUAUGUCUCUGCCAUGGGUGGGGAGGAGGCACACUGGUCUGGUCUCUGGGAAGCACCUGUGUGGCCUUGGCAGUGUUUUUGGUGACCAAGGAUGAAAGUCUUCAGAAGUGUUGGCUGGAGGCCUGACUUCCUCCAUAGGCCUGCCCAAGGUGUAGCCGGUCUGACAGGCAGCCCUGGUCCUGCCAAGUUCGUGGACUGCAACAGGCCACUGUCUUGGAGCUUUGCUUGUCAGAACCUUCAGGGAAGUCACUGGCCAUUCAGUGUCAAAAUCUCCAUGUGUUCAGUGAUAAGGGCAGGUGGGCCCUCAGCCAAGGCCUCUCCCAAACUGUGUGCCUGUUCAGCCUCAGGCUCCAACAUACCAGAGCUACUGGCCGUCCCUCUAAAAAGAGCCCAUUUCCGCCUCUUAGAUUUUGGCCUAACAGUUACCAAGUUGAACAGUGCCAAGAUUCAGUGGGGGAUGCACGGGU